AAUCAGAUUGCUCACAUGGACGAUGGAUCUUUCAUCCAUUUGUUGGCGUUAACAAGGCUCCACAUAGCCAAUAACAAACUCACCGUCCUGAGAGACAAACUCUUUCAGGGACUGUCCAACCUUACCAUGCUUGAUCUCUCCGGUAACAACAUUCUAUCCAUUCAUAGCUCGGCCUUUCAGUCCCUAUCCAAAUUAGAAACAGUGAUUUUAGACUCAAACAAGCUCCAACAAGUUGCUGACAUUCAGCCUAUCCUACAGCUGCCACUUAUACAGAAACUGAGCAUUAGAGGUAAUCUAUUUCCCUCCUUUGAGACCAAAGAUCUGCUGCUGAAUGAGCCCUCAAUCCUGAAGGUGUUAGAUAUUUCGGAUAAUGACAAGUUUGACAAGUUCAGCAUCACAACACAGAUCUUUCCUCACCUUGAGAUAAUAGACCUUUCUGGGUGUGGCCAUUUUGCCGGCUGGCAAUGGGACAUACCUGACAGGACUUUACUCAGGAACAUAACUCAGCUGUAUUUUAGUUUCCCGUACAUUACUUUCGAAGGGAUCCAAAAAGUCCUGCAGAGCCUCGACUCACUGAUGCAUCUGAGACUGAAUAAUAUGGACAAGUGGAUCAGCAAAGGUCUCCUAGCUACGGUUUGCAAGAUACCAUCACUUAAGAAGCUGGAUCUGUAUUGGAACAAAUUCCCCAAUAUUAGUGUGCAACUUGUAGCUUGCUCUCAGCUCAGUGAGCUUGAUUUGUCGUCUACUUCAAUGACUGAACUGUCUAAAGGCUUGAUUCGACUGAUGAAGCAACUGAGUUCCCUAACUUUAGAGAGCAACCUUCUCACCAAGGUGCCAGAUGACAUUCGGACUCUCUCCUCUCUCGAGUUCCUAAAUAUUGGUGACAAUUUAAUUUCUGAGUUGAGCUGUGAGGAUUUCACAAACACAACGCGCCUAAGAGAGCUUUAUUUGUACAACAACCACAUUGCCAAACUAGACGGAUGCAUCUUCAAAAGUCUUAAUGACCUGAAGGUUUUAGAUAUGAGCGACAACCUGCUGUGGACAUUCGGAGACGCCUUUAAAAUAGGCCUGAAGAAGCUUGAGUACUUGGAUCUGAGCAACAACUUUGUACUUCUUCUUGAAAAGGGGGAUUUUCAAAGUUUAAGGUCCUUAAAAUAUUUGGAUGUGGUGUCAAAACAUAUCGGGAGGGUGAAACAUAAGGCUUUCGAUGGAUUGAAUAACCUGGGUAACCUAAGUGUAUCUCUUCCACUCGAAUUUGAAAAUAAAUUCAGAGGUUUACAACAGUUGGAAAAUCUUACUACCUACUUUAUUAUUGACGGUUUCAAAGGUACUCAACCAAACAAUUAUAAAGCUUUAUUUAAUUUAAAAUCCAUGAAAUUUCUCACAGUAAUAUGCCAGGUUUAUCACACUGGUUAUCCCUUUGACAUACCAUCAGAAAUACUCCAGGCUAUGAAUCAUUUAGAGGACUUCACAGCUGAGAAUUUCUACAUUUCUGCGCCAGAUGUGGACACUUUCAAAUACAAUCGCCAGCUCAAGAGUUUGACAAUCAGACAGACUGAUUUGUCAGACUUGGAUCCUGGACUGUUUCAGCCAAUGCCGCACCUGCAGGUUCUCGAUUUCUCCGAAACUAAGAUCAAGUCUUUGGAUUUUCUGUUCCAGGCGGAUCUGUCUGCACUCAGAUGUUUGAAACUAAGUAGCAAUGAGAUAACUGUGAUCAAUGAGACAGUCUUCCAAUUUCUCCCUGCACUAACAUACCUCGAUCUGCAAAACAACCCUUUCACUUGUGACUGCUCUAAUGCCGGCUUUAUCCAAUGGGUGAAGAACAACAACCAAACUCAGGUUGUUAAUGCCUACCAGUACACAUGUUCCUUCCCUGUGGCUGAACAAGGAAACAAGCUUCUGGACUUUGACAUCCUGUCCUGUUGGAUGGACGUUAGCUUCCUCUGCUUCAUUUCUAGCACUUGGCUGGUUGUUGUUACACUCCUCGCAUCCUUCAUCUACCACUUUCUGAGAUGGCAGCUAGCCUAUGCCUACCGGCUCUUCCUGGCCUUCCUAUAUGACAGCAGGAAGAGAAAGGCGGGAGCUCAUCAUCUUUACGAUGCCUUCGUCUCCUACAAUGUUGACGACGAGGCCUGGGUUUACCAAGAGAUGCUUCCGGCGCUGGAAGGAGAGCAGGGCUGGAGACUCUGUCUGCACCACAGAGACUUCCAACCAGGGAAACCGAUCAUAGAGAACAUCACAGACGCCAUAUACGGCAGCAGGAAGACCAUCUGUGUGAUCACCCAGCGUUACCUGCAGAGUGAGUGGUGCUCCAGAGAGAUCCAGAUGGCCAGCUUCCGUCUGUUCGACGAGCAGAAGGAUGUGUUGGUCCUGCUGUUUCUGGAGGAGAUCCCGGCCCACCAGCUGUCUCCUUACUACCGCAUGAGGAAGCUGGUGAAGAAACGCACCUACCUGAGUUGGCCCCAGGCCGGCCAACACACGGGGGUCUUCUGGCAGAACGUAGGGAGAGCUCUGGAGACGGGGGACGCUCCCAACGAGACUGAUGAUCUGCUCACUGGACCGUGUCACAAACCGAUGGUCCUAAACAUUGGCAUCAUGCCAGCAAUGGGAGGUUUGUCUUUGUACUACAUACAGACACUUCUUGUAUUACUUCUGUGUCUCGUGCAUCAUCUGAACCCUUCCCUGGCUUAUUCUCUGAAAAACUGCCGCAUUGGUUAUUCUAACGAUGCCUUGGCUGAUGUUGUUUUGGAUUGCACAAACCAUGAAGUUGUAACUGUCCCUGAUGACAUACCCAGAGAUGCAAGCAUAGUGUAUCUCUCGCACAAUCAGCUCGAACAGAUCAACAGGGACGAUUUCCGGGAUCUGUCAAAGCUCAGAUUUUUGGCACUGGACGAAAAUCAGAUUACUCACGUGGAUGAUGGAUCUUUCAUCCAUUUGAUUGCGUUAACAAGGCUCCAUAUGGCCAAUAACAAACUAACCCACCUGACAGGCAACCUCUUUCAGGGACUGUCCAACCUUACCAUGCUUGAUCUCUCCAGAAACAACAUUAAGUCCAUCCAUACCUCAACGUUUCAGUCCCUGUCCAGAUUAGAAACCGUGAUUUUAGACUUAAACAAGCUGCAACAAGUCGCUGACAUUCAGCCCAUCCUAAAGCUACCACUUAUACAGAAACUUAGUGUUAGAGGUAAUCUAUUUCCCUCAUUUCAGACCAAAGAUCUGCUGCUGAAUGAGCCCUCAAGCCUGAAGGUGUUAGAUUUUUCUAAUGAUGUAUUUGAAAAGUUCAGCAUCACAACAGAGAUCUUUCCUCACCUUGAGAUGAUAGACUUUUCUAUGUCUGGCCUAUUUGCCGGCUGGCAAUGGGACAUACCUGACAAGACUUUACUCAGGAACAUAACUCAGCUGUAUUUUAAUUCCUCGUACAUUGCUUUCGAAGAGAUCCAAAAAGUCCUACAGAACCUCGACUCACUGAUGCAUCUGAGACUGAAUUAUAUGGAGAGGUUGAUCGACAAAGGUCUCCUAGCUACGGUUUGCAAGAUACCGACACUUAAGAAGCUGGAUCUGUAUUGGAACAAAUUCCCCAAUAUAAGUGUGCAACUUGUAGCUUGCUCUCAGCUCAGUGAGCUUGAUUUGUCGUCUACUUCAAUGACUGAACUGUCUAAAGGCUCAAUUCGACUGAUGAAGCAACUGAGUUCCCUAAUUUUAGAAAAAAACCUUCUCACCAAGGUGCCAGAUGACAUUCAGACUCUCUCCUCUCUCGAGUUACUAAAUAUUGGUAACAAUUUCAUUUCUGAGUUGAGCUGUGAGGAUUUCAAAAACACAACGCGCCUCAGAGAGCUUUAUUUGUACACCAACCACAUUGCCAAACUAGACAGAUGCGUCUUCGAAAGUCUUAAUGACCUGAAGAUUUUAGAUAUGAGUGACAACCUGCUGUGGACAUUCGGAGGCGCAUUCAAAAUAGGUCUGAAGAAGCUUGAGUUCUUGGAUCUGAGCAACAACUUUGUAGUUAUUAUUGAAAAGGGGGAUUUUCAAAGUUUAGGGUCCUUAAAAUAUUUGGAUGUGGUGUCAAAACAUAUCAGGAGGGUGAAACAUAAGUCUUUCGAUGGAUUGAAUAACCUGGGUAACCUAAGUGUAUCUCUUCCACUCUAUUUUGAAAAUAAAUUCAGAGCUUUACAGCAGUUGGAAAAUUUAACAAUCUACUUCGAUAUUGACGGUUUCAAAAGUCCUCAACCAAACUAUUAUGAAGCUUUCUUUCAUUUAAAAUCUAUGAAAGUUUUCACAGUAAUAUGCAAGGGUUAUCAUACUGGUAUUCCCUUUGACAUACCAAUGGACAUGCUCCAGGCUAUGAGACAUUUAGAGGAAUUGACAGCUGAGAAUCUCUACAUUUCUGCGCCAGAUGUGGACACUUUUCAAUUCAAUCGCCAGCUCAAGAGUUUGACAAUCAGACAGACUGAUUUGUCCGACUUGGAUCCUGGAGUGUUUCAGCCAAUGCCACACCUGCAGGUUCUCGAUUUCUCCGAAACUAAGAUCAAGUCUUUGGACUUUCUCUUCCAGGCCGAUCUGUCUGCACUCAGAUGUUUGAAACUAAGUAGCAAUGAGAUAACUGUGAUCAAUGAGACAGUCUUCCAAUUUCUCCCUGCGCUAACAUACCUCGAUCUGCAAAACAACCCUUUCAUUUGUGACUGCUCUAAUGUUGGCUUUAUCCAGUGGGUGAAGAACAACAACCAAACUCAGGUUGCUAAUGCCUACCAGUACACAUGUUCCUUCCCUGUGGCUGAACAAGGAAACAAGCUUCUUGACUUUGACAUCCUGUCCUGUUGGAUGGACGUUAGCUUCCUUUGCUUCAUUUCCAGCACGUGGCUGGUUAUUCUUACACUCCUCGCAUCCUUCAUCUACCACUUUCUGAGGUGGCAGCUAGCCUAUGCCUACCGGCUAUUCCUGGCCUUCCUAUAUGACAGCAGGAAGAGAAAGGCGGGAGCUCGUCAUCGCUACGACGCCUUCAUCUCCUACAAUGUUGACGACGAGGCCUGGGUUUACCAAGAGAUGCUUCCGGUGCUGGAAGGAGAGCAGGGCUGGAGACUCUGUCUGCACCACAGAGACUUCCAACCAGGGAAACCGAUCAUAGAGAACAUCACAGACGCCAUAUACGGCAGCAGGAAGACCAUCUGUGUGAUCACCCGGCGUUACCUGCAGAGCGAGUGGUGCUCCAGAGAGAUCCAGAUGGCCAGCUUCCGUCUGUUCGACGAGCAGAAGGAUGUGUUGGUCCUGCUGUUUCUGGAGGAGAUCCCGGCCCACCAGCUGUCUCCUUACUACCGCAUGAGGAAGCUGGUGAAGAAACGCACCUACCUGAGUUGGCCCCAGGCCGGCCAACACACGGGGGUCUUCUGGCAGAACGUAGGGAGAGCUCUGGAGACGGGGGACGCUCCCAACGAGACUGAUGACCUGCUCCCUGGACCGGCAGGACACUGAGAAACAUCAGUUGGAAAAAAGCUACAAAAUGUUGGACAAGGGUUAGGAUUAGCGGGUUAGGGUUAGUGGAUUUUGGGGGUUUAGGGAAUAAGAAAAUUAUCUUGAUGGCUUCCUGGUAAGCAGUAAAACGGGCCAGUGCAUUCACUUAAAGUUCUCCAUUCCUGCAUUUCGAAACAUCAGUUGGAAAAAAGCUUCAAAAAAGUUGGAAAAGGGUCAAGGUUAGGGUUAGGGUUAGAGGGAUUACUGUUAUGGGGUUAGGGAAUGAGCAAUUUAUCUCAAUGGCUUCCCUUGCUUCGUCCGAUGACUGCGCGGUUGAACUGGUAAGCCAAAGGCAGAAAAAUGGUUCAUUGCAUUCACUUAAAGGUGCUCUAAGCGAUGUUGGGUGACGUCACUUCUUGUUGACUUCUUGUAGUUAAACACAACAGAGUCUAGCUCGCCCCUCCCUCCUCCUCAUCCCAUCCCCUCCCUUCCGUGCUUCCGCAAACUAAUCAGCCUCUAUGGAACACAGUAGCACGCAUUUCAGAAGUAAAUCAUGGCAGAGUCAAUGAAGAAAACAAAGAAAGCACGGUCGGAAGAAUUAAGGAAAAGAAAAUGAGAAACUGACUGCGUGAGGAACCCGCAAGAGUCCCACUCGGUCAGUCUUUCACUAAAAAGCAGCAAACGUAACGUUAUAUACAAGUACCCCACAUCAACUCUAGGGGUUGCUGUUUGACAAAAAUGGAAAUUGCAUAGUAUGCCUU